CCUCUCCCCUAGGACUGGCCGCGGGAGCAGCCGUGCGCGGAUGUCGGAGCAGCAGCGGCGGGCGCGCGGAUGUUGAAGGAGCAGAGGGAGCGCGGACGGCGAUGGAGAUAGGGUUGCCCUUCGAUGUGAAGCACGUGGUGCACGUCACCUUCGACCGCUACAAGGGCUUCAUCGGCCUGCCCGACGACCUCCUCGCCCAUGUCGACGCCGUGCCGCCCAGCGCCAGUUUGUCAGUGUUCGGGGUGCGGCCUGAGGCGCUGCACUACUCCAUCGAUGCACACGGCACCGGCGUUCCCACCAUCCUCCUGCUGCUGCAGUCCAGACUCUACCAACUCCACGGCCUCUCUCUUUGAUGCCCCCACAGGUGCCUAAAACAGGCC